UGGCCUGGAGAGUACUGUCCCUGCCCAUAGGAGGGGCCUCUCCUGCUGAAAGAGGAAAUCCUGUUGGAGGAGUCAGACAAGCUGGCCUACACCACAGAGUCUGGAAUUGCUGAGGCAGAGUGGGCUUGGUCGUGCCUGGCUCUGUUAGGUCUGACAGGGGACUAACUCGUGGACCCAGAAGCCACCAGAAGCUGGCUUGGUGCUGGGGCCCAAGCGAAGUUUGCUUUCAGUGGGAGCCAGGACCUGGAGAAGGCGGCUGCUGCUGUGAGGUCAGUGCCAGAUCCUGCCCUCUCCCAGAGGGCCACACUGACCAUCUAGGCCCCAAUCACCUCACUGCCACCCUGGGGUCCCAGCCCACCUAUCCUGACUUCUGCCCCAGGGCUGCCACCCCUGAACAGUGCCCCAGGACCCCCACUCCCAGCCCUGCUGACCCCAGCUCUGGGCUCACUAGUUCACCUCCCACCUCCCUGGGCCCAGAAUGCUUGGACCCACUGAACGAAAUGUCAGCAGAUGAAGGAGUGGACAGUGGACCCCUCAAAACCCCCCAGAGUACCAAGACUCUGGAGAGUAGGGAGCCCCUGCUAGGGGCCACUGGGGUAGAUGAAGGUGAGGAGCAGGGGGAGGAGGAAGAGUGCCCCAUCUGCACAGAGCCCUAUGGGCCAGGCGAGCACCAUCUGAGCCUGCUUAACUGUGGCCACGGACUAUGCCUGGGCUGCCUACACCGGCUGCUGGGCACGGCCCCCAGUGCCGACCUGGGCCGGGUACGCUGCCCCCUGUGUCGGCAGAAGACACCCAUGCUGGAGUGGGAGAUCUGCAGGCUGCAGGAGGAGCUGCUGCUGGCUGAUGGACCCCAGCGUCCCCCACCCCCGGUGCCCCCUGAACUCCCCUCCCGGGCUCCUGGACUCUGGGCUGCUCUAGAGCACCGCUACCGCCUCCGCUUCCUGGCAGGACCUGUGGGUGGCCGGGGAUGCCUGCCCUUCCUGCCAUGCCCACCCUGCUUGGGUGCCUGGCUCUGGGCCCUGCGAGAGCAGGGACCCUGUGCCCGCCGCCUGGCACUGCUGGGCCUGCUGAGCCUUGAGCUGCUGGGGCUGCUGCUCAUCUUCACACCACUCUUGCUGCUGGGGCUGCUCUUCAUGCUGCUGGACCGAUCAGGCCGCUGAGCAGCGUCUGUCAUGCCUACUGCCAGUACUGCUGGACCUGGAGGAGCCCUGACCACCCAUAGACCAGGGAGUCCAGAAUGGCCAUACGCCUUGGUGCCAUGGGGCCUUGAGAUCUAGUGACCUAAUGGGAAAAUUCAAGACCGACCAUGGCACUGACCUCAGUCAAGACCGAAGAUGGGCUCAAGGCCAGUGUGGAACCUGUGCGUAGUCCCAGCUAGUGAGCAUCUUCAAACUACUCUGUUACACAGACACUAGCCCUGGUGCCCACAGAGGAGGUGCUAGAUGCACAGGCACCUUCAACUUGGCCCCACAGGAGACACAGCAGAGGACAGGAAUGUGAACAGGAAUGUGAACAGGAACUUGGACAAUAUUCAGUCCUUGGAAACAGUCCCUCUCCACCUGCCCUGUGUUUAGAUAAGAGUCAGGGUAUAUUCCUUGAAGGUCAGCCAGCAAGGGGAGGGACACCUUGCUGCCCAAGCUCAGCCUGCAGGGGGCCCAUCACCUGGCCCAGUCUGGAAAACACCCUUCAGAGCCUGUGGAUUCAGUGCAUGCCCCUGAGCUGCAAGGGACAGGGGCCCUCCCAGGUCCUGGAGCCUAUGGAUUCUGAUCUCAGGACCCAGCUCUAUGACCCCUGCCUGUGGCCUUUAUCUGAAGGAUGUCAUCAUCACACUACUUCACUGGCUAUGGGUGACAUGUCUGACACAAGAAACUGUCUCAAUAAACAUGAGUGUUCUGACA